AUGUCAGCCAGAGCCUAUCAAGAAUAUCCAAAAAGAGGCUCUUCCUCUUUCUCUUCUUCAUCAUCUUAUCCAAAAUGGACAUCUUCGUUUGAACAAACAGCAAACAAACGGCAUCCCAAUACAACAACAACAAAUGAUCACUUAUCAUAUUUAGUCGAACAACCUUAUUACCAAGGUCAAUAUUCAGAAAUGCCAAUCUCAAGAGCUGCCAAAAGGCUGGCUGCUUUGACACAAUUAGAGGGAAACACAACAAACGAAGAAAGAAAUGAUUGGUGGGAAAACGUUUUACCUCCUGGACAACUUGUCGAUCGAUUAAAGAGAACACAAUCGAAUCCAUCAACUUCACAUCUUGAAGAAGCAGAUGAUGGACCACGUCAUUCACGCAAAAGUAUCCUUCGCAGUUCAAAUGAUGGCAAAAAAGUAAAACAACACUCUUCGAACACUCUUCCACGAUCCGCUUCAAGUACAAUGGUUGACGAUCAUUCAUCUUCCAUGUACCUCUCGCCACCUUCUCAAGGCAUGCGUGCUGGCACUUGGUCUUCUCAAUCAUCAUCAUAUGGUUCAUAUCCCACACCAUCAACAAGAAGCAGCAUUAGUGUAGGAGAGAUGAGCAGCUCAAGUAGCAGCAACGACGAAAGCCCUUCAGAACGUAGAAGUCCAAUUCUGGGUGAAGACUGGUCUUCGAUGUUACACGGAUUCGGAGAUCGCAGCAGUGGUGCUACUUCUCCUACUUCAAUCACACGAUCGAAAACAAACCGAAGGCGGCGAUUCAUUGGAAGUGAUGAUGGCACUGGCCUUGGCGUAACAAUCAGGGGAGCAAAAGGUAGUGUGGUCGAUUUAGAUGAACGUUUACGACAAUGGAACAAUGGUGUUCCAUUCACCAAUGCAGAACGUCUCAGAUCAUCUUCAUCAGCGGCAAGCUUGCGUCCAUUCCCUUCAUCUAGGCAAUCAAGAUCUGGCUCAUUACUUUAUGAUACCCCAGAGCAUAGCUCUGCAGAAGAAGAUCAUCAUGGAUCAUACUACGGCAAUCAAAGAUUCCCACGUACAUCCAGUACACGCACAAGUGAUACCGUUCGUGAAAGUAUUCGAACAAAAGCAGCAUCUUUGGCUUCUGCACCAUCAUCACGGCGAUCAUCGAUAACUGCUGGUCAUCAUGGCAAUACACAAUCGUACAAUCCAUCACGACGAGUGAGCUUUAGUCAAGAGGUGGAAGUUGUUCAAUCAAAUGAUGUCAAAAAGGUACAAACCAUUGGACGUGCUCACGGUCGAAGUAUGUCAACUUUAAGCGAUAAACAUGGAAUGGGCUACAAACCUAUUGCAACACCGCAAGCCCGCACUCAUGCUUCCAACUUGCGUGCACAAGAAGCUGUACCGCCUACUCGUGGAAAACGAUCUACAUGUUACUCUGCGCCAACCAGCCCACGUAUGGCUGCUGCGCAAUUUGCCGCUGCUGAGGCUAAAGAACGAUCUUCCAGAAGAUUGAGCCGUGAAACGACGCCAACUUCAAGCGGUCGAUCAACGCCAAGGACACGAAGUCGAAGAAAUUCUAUAAAUGAAGAAGAAGAUGCAGAUGUUGCACGAUUGGCGGUUUUAUCGAAUUCUUUGGGUGUUGCACAUACACAAUUGUCAAGCGCAAGAAGUUUGGCCAUGGCAUUGACCCGUCAAUUGAGUGCUCCAUUACGACCAUUCUUUCAUUUGACAUUGCUUGUUAGCAUUUCAAGUGUCGCUUUCGUUGCUUUGGCUAGCUUCUUGUUCGCUGGAUACAUGUGCACAGUUUGGGAUGAUGUCAACAGUCGUGGGAAGAGCUUGCAGAAUAAUGUCACUUCAGCAAGAAAGACUCUCGAAUCAAGGGUACAAUGGACUCGUACCUUGUUGGGUAUCAGUUCGUCGGAAGAGAAGGCUGGUACAGAACAAACCAAUGUCAAUGAACCAGAACCUGUCAAACCUGCAGACAACAAAACACAAAGUGCUCUUGUGCGCUUCGUCUUUGCGUUACCCAUUGCUGUAGCGCAAAGUUUGAUCCCAUCAGUUGUGGGAAACAAGGAUUCCCAUUCAACACACACAACCAGCGCUCCUCCUGGUGCUAAACGACCUCAAAGUACUCGCCGCGCAGGCAGGACUGAUACGAAUGCUUUUAAUACCCUUCCUCCAAGACCACCAUUGUCAUCACUUCUUCCUUCGAUCGCAUUCACGAUCGUGAUUGCGUUCGGGGCCGGAUUGGCAAGCUUUUUUGCUAACCGUGCUGCAGCUCCUGCUUCUGCUGGAGAUACCCCACAUCCAAGCGUUUCUGCUUCAGGACGUAAUGCUGCUUCUGGAUCACAAGCCAGUAUUGCCGCUUCUUCAAGACGUCAUGGUCAUCAUCGAUUUGACAGUAGUUCUUCAAGUCGGAUGAGCGUGCCCGUUCAACCUUCUGCUCAUGCUCGCCAACGCAGUUCUCAUUCAAUUUCCGAAUCAACCAAUUCAUCUGGUCGUAAAUCACCUUAUUCUUGGCAAGAAGGUGUUUCUGCUUUUUCGUAA